AUGCCUUUCCUCUGCUUUCGCUCCUCCCGGUUCACCAGGGACACUACCCUCCAAACUCAACAAGACAUAGCCGCACCAAUGGGCCAUCGACAGUCGCGGACGAAGGGACACCAACACUACACUGCAACGUCCUCACAGUAUCCCGAGACGAAAAGCAAGUUUCUCUCGCCAGGGGGACCUAAUCUAUGGUCUCCCCCACCGUACUCCGCCUCAGCGACCCAGCCCCGACAGUCCUUCAGCUCCGUCUCCAGCGACUCCCCCUAUGCCUUCCUGCGCGAGUUCGAUACCAUCUUCGUUGUUGACGACAGUUCUAGCAUGUCUGGCCACCGCUGGCAGGAAGCCGAGGACGCCAUCGCUGCCAUCGCCCCCAUCUGCACCAGCUUCGACCAAGACGGCAUCGACAUUUACUUCCUCAACCAUCGCAACCGGGCGACCCGCUACACCACCGGCGCCUACCCGAACGUCACGACCUCCGAGGCCGUGCGUGAAAUCUUCCGCAGUGUCCAGCCGCGCGGCCCGACGCCGUUCGGCCGCCGGCUGCACGAGAUCCUGGGGCCGUACAUGCGUCGGCUGGAACGCAGGGAAGCCAACGCGGCGGACGACUACGGCAACCACCACCCGGCGCGCGAUGAUCCCGGCACGUCGGUGAAGCCGCUCAAUAUCAUCGCCAUCACGGACGGUGAGUUCACGGAUGACGCGCAGAGCGUCAUCGUCGACGUCGCUAAGCGCUUGGACGGCCCGCCCAUUCGCGCCGUGCCCUGGCAGGUCGGCAUUCAGUUCUUCCAGGUCGGCGACGAUGAGGCGGCGCGUGUGUACCUACAGGCGCUGGACGAUGAUCUGGGGGUGUUGAGUCGACAGGACAACCUCCGGGAUAUGGUGGACACGGUGCCGUGGAGGGGACAUUCCGGCCAGACGUUAAAUGCGGACGGGAUUCUGAAAUGUGUUUUGGGGGCCGUGAAUCGGAAAUAUGACAAGCGGGAUGCGUUUCAGUGA